UUAUCGGUCGAGCGGGCACACUGGUUCGCACGUGUUGCGAUUUGCGUGUUUUGAGUAAUUUAUUUUCUUUCGAGCUUUUCACGCGUGGAUCAUGGGAAAAUUCCGGUCGAAGCUAAAGCGCCAUGGCAAGGGGAAGACAUGGAGCAAGGGCCAGUCGGCCACCUCCAAUCCCGACCAAAUGAAGCACCGUCUAAAGGCCAAAUCGCGGUUCUUCCAGCCAAAUUUGAGUUUGGCUGCGGCCACGCCCACCGGCCUCACCAUGGAGGCGGUCCACAAGCAUGAGCAACGACAGGCCUUCAAUGCGGAAACCACAACCGUUAACGAGGUGGCCGGCAGCUUGAAAAGUUUCAAACUGGAUGACGAUGAUGACGGAAUGUCCGGUUCCGGCACUGCACCCACCGGCACCUUCAAAACCUUCCAGACCUUCGCAUCCAACUACAGCACCUGCAGCAACACAAGCUUUCGUAAACUGCUCACCGGCUUCCGGGCCUCGUCCGAUCUUCACAAGGAGAUGCUGGCCAUUCUGAGCGCACUCACCGAAAUAAUCCGCGAGAAAGGCGGUGGCGAGUCGUCCACAGAGUACUUCCUGCUGCUGAUGGAGCAGAUUGAGGCCGCCACCGAGGAGCGGGACAUUGUUGCCGGCGUGGCACUGCUUGCCAUGGGCAUAAAGUCGGUGCCGGCUCCGGUUCUCAGAAAGCGAUUCGCCCAGACCGCUGCCACCAUGCAGGCACUGCUCCAGCGGUUCAUGGAGGCCACUAACCAGUCGGUCAUCCGAUAUGUAAUCGGCUGCCUUUCUGUCCUUCUGCGUGCCCAAGAUUACGCGACAUGGACCUACAGCUCCACGUUCCAGUACUUUGAUGCCCUGUUGGCGUUCAGCAUUCACUCAAAGCCGAAGAUCCGCAAGGCAGCGCAGCACGCAGUUGUCUCUAUUAUUCACGGUAGCUGUUUUAUGCUGCCGACGAUCAAAUCUGAUGACAGUGAGGAAGAUACUGUGGUUGAGCAGCCAAAGGUUAAGCACCAUCCGGCUAGCAGUCGCGUGACCAAGUUCUGUUUGGCUCAGUUCAAGCCGGAGGUACUGGCCAAUGCCCAGACGACAGUGCUGCACACUUUGGCGCUCCUUAAGGACACACUAUCCGGUUUCAAGACGGAGGACAUACGCAGUGUCUGCGAGCAUCUGCUCUCCAUUAUGACGGCGGCCAAUGUGCUGGUCAGAACGAAUUGUUUCCAGGCGCUGCACGCCCUUUUCCACACAAGGAGCCCCAAUUUAAACGCCGCCCUGUGCGCCAAACUACUGGCAGCGAUACACGAGUACAGGCCGGACAGAAGCGACGUCCGUCAGACGAUCGCCUGGGUGACGGUCUUGAAGGAGGGCCACCUCCACUUGGCCACCCUGCAGCUGGAUCUUUGCAUGCAGGCCUUGCCGCGUCUGAUUGAUGUCUGCACCACGGACCUGUGGCUCUCGGACCGAACGGAGCUGGUUGUCGGUGUCUCAAAUUGUAUCAAGGAGCUGCUGCAGGACUGUGUUGCACGCGUUUGUGACACGGAUGAGGAUGCGCAGCGAAACAGGCAAAGUGUGGCCAGGAUACUCGGUUCACUUCACAAGGUGCUGAAUGCUCCUUUCGGGGAGAUCUCCAAAUACGUGAUCCUCAUCUUUUCGAUCGUCUUUGAGGCCUGCGGAAAGCGAUUCGGUUCGGAACUCACACCCUCACUGCUGACCAUCUCCAAGCGCUACGACGCCCAGAGCGCACAUCGUCUGCAGAUCGAGCACACUUUAAUCAGUGCCAUCAAGGCGUUGGGACCCGAACUGGUACUUACGGCAAUACCGCUUGCCGAUGGCAAAGGCGGCAUGCAGCUGGAACGAUCCUGGAUGCUGCCCCUUCUCCGCGAGGGAGCCAACGGUGCCAGUCUGCAGUUCUUCAAGGAGAAAAUUGUACCACUGGCCAUAGACUGCCAGCAGAAGUGGAAGGAGUUCACCGAGGCAAAGAACAAGUCGUCGUCUCACAUUUACGAGCUGUUGUGCUGCCAGUUGUGGGGCUUGUUCCCUGGCUUCUGCCGACAGCCAAGGGAUCCGGACUACUUGCGACAGCUAGCUCCGACUUUGGGUGCGGCUUUGGAAAAGAACCCGGAGUUUAGGCCUCCUAUUUACGAUGGUCUGAUGGAGCUGCUCGGGGACAACCAGAGCACGGAAUGCCAUCUGGCAAUUGGACUGUAUGCAAAGAACUUUUUGCCUCGCCUAUUCAAUAUCUACACACAAAAACCCAGUGGAACUUACGAAGCCGAUCAGCGCAAGCGAGUCCUGGAUGUCAUCCGUUUGUAUAUCGCCCGGGCACCCGCUGAUGUUCAACUACAGCUCUUUGAAAACGCCCAGGGGCAACUGGCCGCCAGUGCUGUGGCCAGUUUUGAAUAUGAUGCUCUGUUUGAUAUUAACGCUGCCAUUGUGCGCGUGCAAAAAUGCAAGGGAAUCGAAGUUUAUUUCGAGAAGUACAUGGCUCCCAUUUUGAGGAACGAUAAAUCGAAAUUGGUCGCCAAAGAUGAGCAGAAACUGAAGAAGCAGCAAAGGAAGACCUACGAACUCCUGCGCGAACUGAUGACCUCGGAGCAGUCAUCAUGCCAGAAGUUUACCCGCAAGAACAGCAUUGUCCUGCAGCAAAUCCUUCUCGAAGCUUUCAACACCAGCUGUAGCGUUUGUCAGGCAUCGCGAUUGUACUGUCUGAAAUCCCUGAUGGACUGCCGCAGCAAUCUGGCGUACAAUGACCAACUUGUGAUGAAGGCCAUUCCAGAGGCAGUGCUUAACUAUAAGGAAUUCUCCACUCGCAAGGAGCAGGUGGCCGAGCAGCUAAUCAAAUCGAUCACGCAACUUUAUCAGGAUGCGGGCAAGAUCAACGACUUUGUUGAUAUCCUGACGGCAGGAUUUACCGGUGAUGAAGCGCUGGUGACGAACACGAUUUUGGCCUUUAGGGCUGUGCUCCAGCAGCAGGGUCAACACUUGACGGUGGCCACUCUGGAGUUUGUCCUGCAGCAGGUCUCUGUGUUCAUCGUCCAGAAGUCACGCAACCAAUCGGAGGCAGCCGUAGCCUUUCUGAUUACAUUCAUCAAAGUGAUGCCCAUAGCACUGGUGGCCAAUCACCUGGAGACGAUUAUGCGCUCCUUGUCGGCCAUGACCAAGGAUACGAAGCGAUACUGCCGUAUCCAGAUCGGUUAUUUCCUUAAGAAGCUCUGCAAGCGCUUUACCACCGAGGAGCUGGCCCGCUUUGUGCCCGGCGAUGACGAGGUGACCCAUCGCCGGCUCAAGAAGAUUCGCAAGCAGAUGCGAAGGGAUACGCGCAAGAAGCAGAGCGAGGAAGCGCAGGCGGAUAGCUCCGAUGACGAGCUAGUCGGCGGUCUGGAGCAAAAGAGCUACACCAUUGAUGAUAUCCUGGCCGACUCCGAUUCGGAUCUGCCCGAGGACAUGGACGCUGAGGAGGAGGGCGGAGCAGCAGCCGCAGCUAGCAAGCGCAGCAAAAAGGCCAAGCAACAGAAGAGCACUUACAUACGCGAGGAUCCCGAUGAGAUAGUCGAUUUGGCCGAUCUCAAGUCCAUUGGCAAUGUGCUGACUAGUGGCUCCGCUCAAACGGCCGCCACUGUUAAGAGCCUAAAGACGAAACCCCAGCUGCCGAACGGAGGCUUCAAGACUGCUGACGAUGGACGUCUGAUCAUCAGCGACAAGGCCCUUCGCGGCCAGGGUGGAAACGAUGAGUCCGAUUCCGACUCGGAUUCCGAUGCAUCCAUGGCGGAUGGCACUGUAGCCAAGGAGCCAAAGGCAAAGCGUGGAAUGGAAGACGACUCCAGCGACGAAGAUGAACUGCAGCAGCAGCAAGCGACGGGUGCCAAGCGGACACGCAAGGGUGGUGAUGCAAUGAGCACGAAAUCGGGCAAAACCACCGCAAGCAGUCGCUAUACCGCCGGUGGCAAGGGAAUCCAUCGACAGCUGGCAGCCGGAAACUCGGAUGCCAUGUCCGUGAAAUCAGGCAAAUCCACCAGCCGGACAGCGGGCACCGAGUACAGCAGCAAAAAGGCCAAGGGCGAUAUGAAGAAGCGCGGGCAACUGGAUCCAUAUGCGUACAUCCCACUCACUAGGAAUAACCUCAACAAGAGAAAACGUUCAAUGAACUCGCGAAAAUUCAAAAGCGUAUUGCGUGGAGCUGGCGCUGAAACUGGAGGUGGCGGCGGCGGCCGGGUGUCCAAGAAAUACAAAUAGGGCAGGCAAUCAAGCUAACUAACUGACUAACUGGAUCGUAAAGCUAUAGAGAUAUAGAGAUGUAUAAUAACACCGGGAUAGUGCGGUCUGCUGAUAAGAAAGCUAAGACGUGGAUGAUUAUUUCCCCUGUUACUUUGCUUAAAUAUAUAAAUAUAAUUAAAUAUAUGAGCAUGUGGAGACGUUGUAAAUGCCAGAGAUAAAAAAAACAACAACAGAAUAGUCAUGUAUUAAAAGAAUCAGGAUUUUUUUUUGUUGAGCUGCAAAGACUUUGAAUAAAGAAUUUUGAAAGCAUAA